UCCAGCGCAGCUUCCCGAGGCUCCGCACCAGCCGCGCUUCUCUCCGCCCGCAGGUUAUUACAGAAAGAUGAGGAUAUUUGCUGUUUUUAUAUUCAUGACCUACUGGCAUUUGCUGAACGCCCCAUACCACAAAAUCAACCAAAGAAUUUUGGUUGUGGAUCCAGUCACCUCUGAAUAUGAGCUAACAUGUCAGGCUGAGGGCUAUCCCAAGGCCGAAGUCAUCUGGACAAGCAGUGACCAUCGAGUCCUGAGUGGUAAGACCACCACCACCAAUUCUGAGAGAGAGAAGAAGCUUUUCAAUGUGACCAGCACACUGAGAAUCAACACAACAGCUAAUGAGAUUUUCUACUGCACUUUUAGGAGAUUAGAUCCUGAGGAAAACCAUACAGCUGAAUUGGUCAUCCCAGAACAACCUCUGGUACUUCCUCCAAAUGAAAGGACUCACUUGGUAAUUCUGGGAGCCAUCUUGGUAUUCCUUGGUGUAGCACUGACAUUCAUCUUCUAUUUAAGAAAAGGGAGAAUGAUGGAUGUGAAAAUAUGUGGCAUCCGAGAUACAAACUCAAAGAAGCAAAAUGAUACACAAUUGGAGGAGACGUAAUCCAGCAUUGGAACUUCUGAUCUUCAAGCAGGGAUUCUCAGCCUGUGGUUUGGGAGUUCAUCAGGGCUGAGCAUGACCAGAGGAAUGAAUGGGCCCAUAGGAUGCAGGCAAUGUAGGACUUAAAAGGCCCAAGAACUGAAAAUAGAACCUGGCGAAGGCAGAGGAGGAGAAUAAAGAAAGAUGGAGUUGAACUGGCAGCCUGGAGGGAGACCUUGGUACUUUCAAAUGACUGAGGGGCUCACUGAUGCAUGUGAAAGGGAGAAAGGAUACUUCUGAACAAGGAGCCUCCAAGCAAAUCAUCCAUUUUUCAUCCUAAGAAAACAGGUUGAGAAUCCCUAAUUUGAGGGUCAGUUCCUGCAGAAGUGCCCUUUGCUUUCACUCAAUGCCUCAAUUUGUUUUCUGCAUGACUGAGAGUCCCAGUAUUGGAACAGUAUUUAUGUAUGAGUUUUUCUAUUUAUUUUGAGUCUGUGAGGUCUUCUUGUCAUGUGAGUGGGGUUGUGAAUGAUUUCUUUUAAAGAUGUAUUGUAGUAUAUGUUAAAAUUUUGUCACCAAACUAAACUUGCUGCUUAAUCACUUGCUCACAUCCAGUAAAAUAUGGAGUAUUUGUAAGGUGCUUGGUCUCUAUAACUGGAAGUACACUUUGGAAGCAUAAAAAUCAAACUGUUGGUUUCUAUAGGAUGUCACAUUUAUUUAACCCAUUAAUACUUUAGUUGACUUAAUCUUAUUCUCAGACCUCAAGUGUCUGUGCAGUAUCUGUUCCAUUUAAAUAUCAGCUUUACAACUGUGUGGUACCCUACACACAUAAUCUCAUUUCAUCCCUGUAACACCCUGUUGUGAUAACCACUAUUAUUUUACCCAUUUUUCAGCUGAGGAAGCAAACAGAUUAAGUAACUUGCCCAAACCAGUAAGUAGCAGACCUCAGACUGCCACCCACUGUCCUUUUAGAACAUAAUUUACAGCUAUAUUUUACUUUAAGCAAUUAAUUUAUUCAAAAACUAUUUAUUAAGUACCCUUGAAACAUCAAUCACAUGCCGGACAUUGAAUCUACGAUGUAAGUAAGACAAAGGAACUGCCCUCAAGGAGCUCAUGAUACCAUGAGGAGAUUAAUAAGAAAAUGUAUUAUUAUAAUUUAGCCCAGUGUCAUACCAUAAGGAUAAUGUGAGGAGAAAAGCCAAGCAGUGUUUUCAAGAGGAGGAAAUAGGCCAGUGGGGUCUGGGACAGUUGGAUAUACUUAAACUUCUUAAUAAUCAAAGCAAUUUUAGUUUACAAGGAGAGGUCAGUACUUAAAAUAACCCUGGAAAAUAACACUGGAAUUCCUUUUCUAGCAUUAUAUUUAUCCCUGAUUUAUUUGCCUUUGCCAUACAAUCUAAUGCUUCUUUAUAUAGUAUCUGGUAUUGUUUAACAGUUCUUUCUUUUCUCUUUAAAUGCUAUUAAAUUUUAAAUUCAUACCCUUCCAUGAUUCAAAAUUCAAAAGAUCUCAUGGGAGAAGGUUUGAAAAUUUCCACUUCAUUCUCCAAGCCAUUCACGUUUCCUUUCCAGAGCAACUGCUACUGUCUUUUAUUCAUGUUUUCUUCUAAAGAUGGUCUACAUUUGGAAAUGUAUGUCAAAAACACAUAUUUUAAAAAAAUUUUAAAUGUGUAGGAACCCAUUAUAUGUCUGCUGUGCACUUUACUGUUUUUAUUUAUUAUAGUGUUUCUUACAUAGUAGAUGGAAUGAAUUUCAAAGUCCCCAGGGGUUGGAACCCAUGUCUUCCUUAUUUCUAAGUCAUCUUUCCCAUAGCCUUUUAUUAUCUUUCAUAUGAUUUAUUACCUGUUAAAUAUGUGCUACGUGUAUAUCUAGACGACCAGCAUUUGUUAAGUAUUUGCUCUAUGAUUGAGUUUGGAUUUGUUUAUGUCUGCUCAAAAGGAGACCCAUGGGCUCUCCAGGGUGCACUGAGUCAAUCUAGUCCUAAAAAGCCAUCUUAUUAUUAACUCUGUAUGACAGAAUCAUAUCUGGAACUUUUGUUUUCUGCUUUCUCUUGAGUAUAAACUUCACUUUGACGCUGUACUUGCUAAAUCACAUUUUCCUUCUGGAAAUUCCAGCAGUGUACCUUGACUGCUAGCUACCCUGUGACAGAAAAGCCUCACUCAUUGUGCUUGGACCCUUGAAUGCCACCAGCUGUCAUCACUACACAGGUCAACUAAGAGGAUUUCUGGAGCUUUUGAGAUUCAGAUGCUCUGGAAGAUCCCAGUGUUUCCCUUCCCUCUUGCCCACAUUCUGGCUUCAAUGACAAGGAAUAUCUUGGCUUUGCCACACGUCAAGGCUGAAGAAACAGAAUCUCCAACAGAGCUCCUUGUGUUAUCUGUUUGUACAUGUGCAUUUGUAUAGUAAUUUGUGUGACAGUGUCCUUUGUGUGAAUUACAGGCAGGAAUUGUGGCUGAGCAAGACACACAAUCUGCCCAGUCUAUUCCUAAGUCCUAACUCCUACUUGUGUUGGAUUUGUAAGGCAUAUCCCUUUUGUCUCAGUUUCAUUGUAAAAGGCAUAGGCAGAGAUGAUAUCUAACUCUGCAUUUGAUUGUCACUUUUUGUACCUGCAUUAAUUUAAUAAAAUAUUCUUAUUUAUUUUGUUACUCGGUACAACAGCAUGUCCAUUUUCUUGUUUUCUUUGUGUUUCAUAAAAUGCUCAGUUUAACAUCCCA